GAUGCCAUUCUUCAUCCUUCAACUCAACAUUCUUCAUCUUUCAGCACCGAUUCACUCGAAAAACCAAAUUUCUAGCACUUCGUAAACUUCUGUAUCAAGGAGUUUGCUUAUUGAGGAGAAUUAGAGUUAAAAUGAGCUGCAGUACUGGGAGAGUAUAUUUUGUAGGAAAUGGGCAGGCUGCAACCGUUGAAGAUUUAGAUGCUAGUAGGGAAUCGGAUCACCCAGAGCUUUUGACACAGGUUUAUAUGGAAUCCAGGCUGAAACACGACAAUGUAAUUGAGCUCGUUGGUUAUCAUGUUGAUGGAAGUCCUUGUGUUCCUGCAUUUGAGUUUGAUACCAUGGGGUCUCUUCAUGAUAUUCUACAUUGGGGAAAAGGUGACAUUGAAGGAGCAGAACAAGGUCAGGUUUUAUCUUGGGCUCAGCGAGUAAAAAUUGCUGUAGAUGUAGCGAAGGGGGUGAGGGAUUUGCAUGAUAAGGCGCAGUCUAACACUAUCCAUCAUGAUGUCAAUUCUAGCAAUGUGUUACUUUUCAAAGAUCACGUUGCAAAACCCGUUGAUUCCGACUUGGAAAAUCAAACUCCUGUUGUGGAAGCACGCCUUGCAGCCUUCGAUUUGGGACCAUUUUCCAAGAGUGCAAUGACUGGACAACCAGAUCCAAAGGGUGAUGUUUACAAGUAUGGGGUAGUUCUCCUGGAGCUCUUGACUGGGCGUAAGCCGGUUGAUCUUACACUUCCAAAGAGGCAACAGAAACUUGUAAAAUGGUUCAUGAAAUCUCUUGCAAGUUAUCAAGAAACCGUAGAUUGUAUUACUAGCAUCAAUGAGGACUUGGUCCGACAGUGCGUUGACGAAAGACUAGGGGAAGAUUAUCCCCCAAGAGCCGUUGCUAAGGUGGCUGCAAUAGCAGAAAUGUGUUUGAAUCCGGAACCUCUAUUUAGGACAAAUAUGAAUCUCGUUAUCAGAUCACUCGAACCAUUGUUACGCUACAAUACCAAUGUACCACCUGUUGCUGAAGCAUGAAGCUCGUGAAUCCCCUCCUUCCCCGACUUACUGUUUUAUCACAUGGUAGCUCUAAAUUGUUAACACCAUUUCCAUUAGCUUGAACCAUUAAUUCACUUUAUAAACUUCGAUUGAUAUGACACUUCCCUUUGUUUAUGCUUUUUUGUAAAUUUGUUUUUGUUUCUUAUUCACCUACUUCUGUAAGUAGUUCCAUAAUGUUGUUAUGAUUUGUGCCAAUAAAAUCAAAAUGCAACCAAUUUUUACUAGACAA